CUCGACCCAAGCAUCCUAGUGCAACGUGAUGUCGCAUUCCCGCCCCAGCAAUGCGAGGGCCAGAAAGACAUGGGUAUUUCCCCUCACAUAUAGUGACGAGUCUGACGACGCGAGGACUCGGCGACCGACGGCGUUUUGCACAUUUCGAGUGGUGAUCAUCGUCCUCCACGGAACCUGGAGGACAUAAACUUGAGUUCAACACUGAAAGCAUCCAUCUCAUUCAUUUUGGCUCCAAGUCUUGAGCAAGAUUGAUUCGCCAUGGGUCUUUUCGAAAGCUUGAUUGAACAAAAAUGGCCUCUCUUGGCCACAGUCGUUGCGCUCUACGUGGUGCACACAUUGCGACAGUAUUGCCGACUUUGUCAAUUCGGAGGACCAUGGGGGACUGGUUUCAGCAAGAUCCCACAUAACUACAACACCUUCACUGGCGAGGCUCACGAGUGGUAUCGCGACGUCAGUGAGAAAUACGGACCCAUUGCUCGCGUCGGCCCGACCUCCCUCAUCACGUCCAACGCCGAGGUCUGGGCCCAUAUCAACACCAAGCCUGGCUACAAGCGAUCGACAUGGUACUUCGAAGCCUGCCGCGUCGAGUACCACCGCGACCACAUCUUCAGCCAAACCAACACCAAACUACACGAUGAGCGGCGCAAGCAAAUCGCCCCCGGCUACUCCGGCCGCGAAAACCACGAACUCGAAUCCUCCAUCGACGCCCGCCUCACCGAGUUCGUCACCCUCAUCCGCAGCAAAUACCUCUCCCACCCCGCCACCGGCGGCGGCGGCGGCGGCCCCAUCAUCGCCAUGGACCUGGCCAAGAAGAUCCAGUUCUUCACCCUCGACGUCAUCAGCGCGGUCGGCACCGGCCGCGCCCUCGGCAUGCUGCGCGCCGACACCGACGUCGACCGCUACAUCCGCUCCAGCGAGGAGGGCCUGCGGCUGGUGACGGCGCUGUCGGGGCUGGGGCUCGCGUGGCUGGCGCAGGCGCCCGUGUUGGGUAGGUUCUUGGGCCCGAAGCCGACGGAUAAGGCCGGGUUUGGGGCGCUGAUGGGCGCGUGUUUUAGGGUGGUGGAUGAGAGGGUGCGCGGGGUGGGGAAGGGGGGGGAUGGGGGGAGGAGGGAUAUGCUGGCGUCGUUUAUUCGGCAUGGGUUGGAGGAUAGGGAUCUGAAGUCGGAGGUUUUGGAGACGCUGAUUGCGGGGUCGGAUACCACGGCCGCGGCGCUGAGGGCGACGAUGUUGUAUGUGAUGGGGAGUAAGCGGGUGUAUGUGAGGCUGCAGGAGGAGAUUGAUGAGGCGGUGAGGGAGGGCAAGGUGGCGAAGGAUGGGGAGGGGGUGAUUUCGUUCGCGGUGGCCAAGCAGCUGCCGUAUCUGCAGGCUGUUAUCAAGGAGGGGUUGAGGGUGUUCCCGCCGGUGAGGAACAUCUUGCCUAAGGAUAUUCCGGCGGGCGGAGAUACGGUCAUGGUAGAUGGCAAGCCCAUGUUCUUGCCUGGCGGCGUUGACAUCGGAUACUCUGCGUUGGCCAUGCACCGGGACAAGAAGGUGUAUGGCGAGGAUGCGGACCUGUUUCGACCGGAGCGUUGGUUUGAGCAAGACCGAGACAAACUGGCGGCUAUGCAGAAGGUUAACGAUCUCACGUUUGGGCAUGGACGGUGGCAGUGUCUGGGCAAGAACGUGGCUCAGAUGGAGCUGAACAAGACGUUCUUCGAGCUGUUCCGGUACUUCGACUGGGCCAUCGCACAUCCUGAUAAGCCAUGGGAUAUUAUGAACACCAUGGGGAUCUUUGUGAUCAACGAUAUGUGGGUACAGGUGACGGCCCGUUGAGCGUGAUGUGGGCACUGGGAUGCACGUUUAGGUUGGUUGACAGGAACCUUUGAGAUUGUUACCGGGACUUGUAUGCUACCUGUUACCAUAUUCUUUCUUGAAUGUUAUCAAAUUUGAGUGAUUUCAAU